AGCUUGACUCUGUUGGGGUUAUUGCUGUUUCAUGAAUUGUCAGAUUAGCAUUGCUGAAAGUCACCUGUUGUGAUGAAUUUCUAUUAAUGAGCAGAGAGAUACAGUAACUUCAAGUCAACACCAGUUAGGAGCAGAGAAGAGAAAUAAACGAAAGCAUGAAGGAGCAACUCGUGCUGCACUUGCAGCUAAGGAAGGAAAAAGGAGAUACUGGAUAACUUGUGGUGUGGCUGCUUGCUUCCUAGUGGCAUCUGGAAUAACAAUCACAAUUCUGGCCAUGAAAGUUUCUGAAGGAGAUCACACACAGCAAACUGAAUCAAUUUCUGAAGGAGAUCACACACAGCAAACUGAAUCAAAUAAAUCCUAUAAAUGCUGUCCUGAUCUGUGGAUUAAAUGCAGAAUGAACUGCUACUACUUCUCUAUGAAUAAAACAACAUGGGAGAGAAGCAGCUCAAAGUGUGAGUCUAAUGGAAGUCAGCUGGCUGUGGCAGAGGAUGAGGAGGAGUUGGAUUUUCUCAUUGACUAUUGCAGAUCUUAUUUGACUUUCUGGAUUGGACUCAAGAGAAACCCUGAAGAGGCCUGGACUUGGAUUAAUGAGCAGCUUUUCAAUCUCACCUGGAAGACCCAAGUUAAAGAAAAUGACGGAGACUGUGCCUACGUGGGCAAGCAGUCUGUUCAAAGUAAGAGCUGCAGCACAGACCUUCAUUGGGUUUGUAAGAAGCCAUUAGAACACUGAGAGUGAAUCUUUACUCACCUUUGCCUUUUAACAAGUUCCAGAAUUAGUGGGAGUAUGGAAGUCAUCUACAGUUUUUUUUUUAACUUUGUAAAAUUUUUUGUAAAGGAGUCUGACUUGUAUUAACAAUCAAGAUGAAACAUCAGGCACUUCAAACUUAAUAAGCUCUAACAAGUUAGGUUACCAGCAGUACAGCAAAAGAACAGCCGAGAAAUCAAAGAAUUACAAGGAGGCAGCUGGCAUGACACACAUUAAUACCCAUCUGUGGCUAUCAGUGAUGAAAGAGAAAAGAUUUCUGGCCUUCGUUUGUACAUAAAUAAGAAGAGUUAGCUGAACUGACUGGACAUUACUGGGCUGUGCUGGGAGGUGACCACCUUCUUUUUAAUGGUCUACUUUUCUUUGCUUUUCUUCCACUGAGCCCUUUAAGGGUCUUGUUUUUAACUUUUCACCCUGCAUACAUUUUUGCAU